GUUUUCCACCAUACUUGGCUAGUAUGAUCAUGAAACGGCAAGGUGAAUGAUAUGAAGUAUGUGCAGGCCGUGCUAUAGAGACCUCACUGUUACAUGAUCUGGAAUCUGCUAAUGUGCUUAAAACUGAAGAGAAUCGAGAGAAGCCAAUAAAAUGAAGAACAGAAGUGUGGUGGAAUAACAAACCUGAUGAACAGAACUCUCACAAUUUCUGUCCACUUACACAAUGAUGCCCUGGAAUUGAGUGAAAACCUUCCCUUUAUUUGGAAGAGACAAAGAGAUUGUUAAAUUUAAAUUUGGGACUUUUUUAGCCUGAAAAAAGUCCAUAUUACUUGUCUGAAUAAAUGGUAAAUCUCCAUACGUUGCUUUCUAUGGUGCCAGUGGCACGCAGAUAGUUUGAGCCAGUCAUUCAUUGACAGUGCUAGAUGAAGAUGGAUAGAUGGUGUUGCAUCCAGUAACUGGAGAGUGCUAAAUGAGCUGCUGUGUAAGCAGCUUGAUCUCUGGAUGAUUGAAGGCAGAUAGUAUUUUAACUGACCAACAAAGGCACGCUAGACAUCCCUCCAUGUGCAACUGCAGAUAGCAGUAGUUUCAGGUUUUAUUGAGCUUGUGAAAGGCCAGGUAGACAGGGUAGUUUAGUUUGUACAAUGAAUCCUAGAGACAGCGUGGAGGUGAUGGAGACCCAGACCCGAGGUCAGAAGGAGAAGCUGGUUGAAGACCCGAUCAACCCUGGCAACGAGGUUGAGGGUGAGGACGACAAAAUCCCCGGGGCUUACAACUGCAACGUUUGUGGACGCAGCUUCCCGUUCCUUAGCUCUUUGUCGCAGCAUAUGAGACGCCACACUGGUGCGCGGCCUUACAAAUGCCCCUACUGUGACCACAGGGCCUCUCAGAAGGGCAACCUCAAAGUUCACAUCCGCAGCCACAAACUGGGCACGCUCUCUAGCCACCACUCCAAUGAGGAUGAAGAGGGUGGGGCCGAGGAGGAGGAGAUGAGUGUUUCAGAGGGUCUCGACGGAGGUACGAGUCCAACUAAGAGCAGCUCCGCCUGUAACCGGAUGAUCAAUGGGGACAGUGGUGAGGAGAGUCGGAGGAAAGUGCCUGGGAGGAGCAUGAAAAGAGAGAAGCCCGUUACCGACCAGAGGCCUUACUGUUGCCGUCUGUGUGGCUACGAGGCGCUUCGAGAAGACCAGCUCCUCAGCCAUAUUGAAAAGGUCCACAUAACAGCAGAUACAGAGGAGGAGACCACUGUUAAGGAAGAGGCUGUGCCCGAACCUGAUGUCGUCCAACCCCAGAGUGAUGGGACCUUCCCCUGUGAGACCUGUGGCCAGAUCUUUACCCAGGCCUGGUUUCUAAAGUCACACAUGAAGAAACAUGCAGGGAUCCUGGACCACUGCUGUCGUAUUUGUGGACGACGGUUCCGCGAAGCUUGGUUUCUCAAAUCGCACAUGAAAACACACAACACCAGAGCCAGGUCGAGGUCAAAAGCAGAAUCCACUGAGCAACCGGCCACUAUCAACGACGUAGCCCAGGAUCCUGAAAUUGUCACUGGCUCUAUUACAUCCAUCUAUCAGAUGUGUUCCAAAUGUGGGAACCUGUUCCACGACAAAGAGAGCCUGAGGGCCCAUGACAAAAUCCACAGUCUAAGUCAUGGCAGGAAAUCCCAGAACCAAUGCAAACUCAGUGAUGACGAGGACUCACCAGCUGCUAAGAGACGUUACCUUGACUACUUUAGCCUCCAGCCUGUUGAGAAAAAGACCCUGGAUGAAAAGGAGUGUGAGAAGAAGAUGCUAGGUCAAAGAAUCCCAGAGCUGGAUCCAGUUUGCAGCUACCAGGCCUGGCAAUUAGCUACUAAAGGAAGGGUUGUUGAGCCAGUGGAGGCGAGUUCCAAGGCCUCCUAUGGGGGAGGAAGUAUGGGAGAGGAGGCCCUCGCCGGAGCUGCUGUGGUUUUUGAGAAGGAAAGCAGCCGUUAUGUCCUGCAAGGUCAAGCGAAACGCAGCUCAGGGCGACGCAGCAGCUCCGGAUUGGGAAGCCAUGCUUCUUCAGGGGAUCGGACACCGGAGAGUCUUAGCGACUCAGAGUACCGGCCUUCGUCUCGCCAGGACCGCCGGCGACCAUCUUCCUCGAAGUCUAACGAGUGCUUUGAGUGCGGGAAGGUGUUUCGCAGUCGUCACCAGAUGAUCGUCCACCAGCGGGUCCACAGUAAGCACGGAGGUAGGGCAUCUGUGGGACACAAUGAAAGAACUGCAAGAGACGACCGAUGGGGGUCCACCAGUGAUCCAGAGUCAGGCUCCCCCAGCCGGCCCAGCACCCCAGGGUAUGGAGACUCUCCACCAGCGUCCACCCUUGGAGACCAGGCCUCAGAGAUGGGUACCGCAAAAUCUGGAGAGAUUGCAGAUGAGAAGCCUUACAUCUGCACCCUUUGUGACUUUGUCACCACAGAGUUGCAGGCCUAUUUGACCCAUGUCCGUGUCCAACACCCGGCUGCCCCCGGAGAUAGACCCAGCCCCAUUCCCAGCCCAAGCUCCAGCUCGGAAAGAGGCACCCCAAGUGGUUAUCCCAAGCUCAAGAAAGUUCUUCUUCAGGGGUUGAACAACUCUGCAUCCCCUCCUGCGUACCUUUCAGCUCGAUCCUCCUCGCUCGAUCCCGGCAUGACCCCUGUGGAUCUAUGUGUGAGGGCUGAGGGCUGCAGGGGCAUAGCCUCCCUAACCCAGGACAGGAAGAGCCUCCCUAGCCACAAGUGCUCCUUCUGCUCCCACUCCACCCGCUACCCCGAGGUGCUCUGGAUGCACCAGACUGUGGCUCACCGCAUCAACAGCAGCAGCUCCAAUCUUGCUCCUAAAUGGGCUCUCAAACACAGCUCCAAGGGCUCCAGGGACAACUUGUUAUCCUCCAGGAGACGCACUGGUCCCCCGCCAGUCCUGGAGGGAAAGGAAUGCCCACCGCUGCCUCCACUGAUGCGUGCCCAACGUACCCAGCCCCCGACCUACUCCAGCGAGGUUCUAAAGAAAAGCAGGCCAGCCAGUCAGGCAGCCAUGCCAUCAUCAUCAUCCUCCUCUACCCCCUCCUCCUCAUUCUCCAGGGGCUCCUUAUCCACCCCAGGCACCCAAGCUCGGAAAGUCCCCGUCCGGCCAGGCAGCAGCAGCAACAGCAACAGCAACAGCAACAGCAACAGCAGCAGCAACAGCAGCAGCAGCGUCAGACACAUGGAGGACCAGAGUCAUCAGUCUCGCUUCAAACCCAAAGCGGAUAUUUACCCUCGGGGAGGCUCGUCGUCUUCCUCCAGCUCCUUGGAGAAGAGCACCGGUGCCCUCUCACGAUCCUCAGCCCCAAGCCCCAGCUCUGCUACUGCAUCCCGGAUGACUGACCGCUACUUGAUGCCCCAAGAGGGCCUUGGCUUCAUGCUGUCCAGCAAACACGGCCUAUCAGAGUACAGCCGAGCAAGGGGUUCCCCUCAUCAGCCGCUUCCCAACUCCCACGGCCAGAGCCGAGCUAACGCUACGAGGCCCAGCACCAUCACCCACAGCUCCACAGCGGGACACAACUACGGAUCUUCCCAGGCACAUGGAGGCACUCUGCUGAAUUCCUCCUCCUCCUCUUCUUCUUUGCCUUCAGAGGCUCGUGGAGAUGUGAAGCAGGAGCCAAUCGCAGAGACACCAGAGACGCCAAGUGACAUCCUCGGCUUCCUCAAAAACUACAACCCCCACGAACUGGCUUCCCUCUACCACCGCUGGGGUGCAGCCAAUGCAAUGCUGGAUCCAACUGGGAUGCUGAGGUCUAUGAUGCGGCAGGGACAGUAUUUCUGCCAUGAGUGCGGGAAGAGUUUCAGUCAGCCCAGCCACCUGCGCACUCAUAUGAGAUCCCACACAGGGGAGAGGCCAUUCCUCUGCCAGCUCUGCCCAUACCGAGCAUCUCAGAAAGGGAACCUAAAGACGCACGUCCAGAGUGUCCACCAUAUGCCUUUUGACAACAGCCAGUACCCAGACACAAGGAGCUUGUUACUGAGCCGGGAGGAGCGAGGAGCGCUGGCUGCCAAACACCCACCAGCGCCCCAACAACAACAACAACAACAACAACAACAACAGUAGACCAUCUGAUAGAUCGGGAUCUGGACGUGGGACCAGACUAGUCAGGGAAUCACACAAUCUAAAAACACUAUCGCCAUUCCUAAAAAUCAGAGGAGUCCUCUCCACGCAUCAUCCUUUAAUGACCUUAGAAGAAUUAUCUACAAUGAAGACUCUUGUAGUUGGGUUUUUUUUUUUUUCACAUAAGAAGCUAGUUAAAGCUGUGCUAGGCAAUUUUAGCAGCAGAGAAGAGUGUCUUAUCUACUAACGGAAAGAAUUUCUGGUGAAAUUCUGCAUUUGGAAAUAAAAAGAAAAAAAAGAAAAGAGAAGUGUCAGGUGUGUGCACACAGGUGGGACAUAUUUUUUUUUCUCCGCACAGAAGAAAUGAAGAGUGAAAAAGUGUCCCCUCAGCAGGAAAGCUGGACUCACCAAGGAUCGAUCUUUUGCUAAUUUAGUUUGAAGGUUGGCAACACUGGGCAGAUUGUGUGUAGUUUACAUCACCUUUCAAGGAUUUCUGAUUAUAGAAGCCCUCAAAAUUCAAAGAGUUGCCUCUUGAAGCCCUCAAAAUUCAAAGAGUUGCCUCUUGAAGCCCUCAAAAUUCAAAGAGUUGCCUCUUGAAGCCCUCAAAAUUCAAAGAGUUGCCUCUUGCUGCCAU